CUCUGUCCCUUCUGUACCCGAUCCCUGCUGCCAGGACAGCAUUCCCGAGCUCGGGAAGGCAGUGCGGCCAGCACAGCCGGCAGGAGAAGUUGGUCCUUAGGAGUGUGAUUGCUGCCUGUGCAAUGCUGCACACUCCAGGGGAGAAGAGCUGGGUGCUGACAAGGACAUGGUCCAAGUGCCACCCUGGGCAUUGCCACCCACAGGUAAAUAGCAGGAAGCAAACCAUGGACACUCAGUUCUUCUCCCCAUUACUGGGAGCAGUCCCCAGUCCCCCCUUGCCUCCAGAGCCCUCCCAGCUGUGCAGUGACUGGCCAGGAUGUGCUGAGGAUUUUGGAUCCCAAACUGCCUUCCAGGAGUGCCCAAAAAAAAGGACACCAAUAAAUCUUUCUUACUCCAGCAAUGGCCCUGAUAUGUUUGGGUUGGUGUCGAGCAUUUUAGAGGAGCCAAACAAGCCAGACCCAGCUACAGAUUGGAAUUCUCUAUCAAGAUUGUUCCCCCCUAUGUGGGCACCUGAUCUGGGCAGCAAUGGGGAGCUGCCAGGGCUCCCAGCUCAGCACUGUGUCCACAACAAGGAUUUUCCCAAUUUGCUGGGCACCAGCUGCCAGCAGGAACCCCUGCAGGAGCCUCCUGAUGUGGAGAUGCUGCACAGAGGAUUGGGAAACCUUCAGCUCCUCGAGUCUUGGCUCUCACCCCGUGCUCAGCCCAGCAAUGCUCACCCUGAAAAUUCCUCUCUGCAGAGCAGCACCACGGCUCCCCAGGAAGGGUUUUCCUUCCCAAACGGGAGCUGGAACCAGCAUUUGUGCACUUAUGACCAUGGCAGGUUAAAUGAAAAGUGUGGAUCCAGUUUGAGCCCUUUUUGUCCUCGGAACAGGAUGAAAGAAAGCCCCAGUGUCCAGAAGGAGUUGUGGAAAAGUGAAAAAACAAGAGGAAAAGCUCUGAAAAAUUAUGCUCAAGGACAAACUAAGUAUUCUCCUGAUCUUUCCAAUCAGCCUGGUGAUAACUGCUGGGAUAAAGUAGCCCAGGACAGCCACUUGUUCUCUAAAAGAUACGAAAACUUCACAGCUGCUCACAAACUGGAGUCACCUGUCCAUCCAUCACUUCAUUUUUUCAAUCAACCCCCUAAGGAAAAUCAUUUUGUUGGAGGAAGGGGCAGAAAACCCCAGGAAUGCCAUGUGCAAAAUGGCCAUCGUGGCUUUGCUUUGGGAGAUGCUUUUAAUAAUAGUAAUAAUAAUGAGUGUAAAGUGAAUGUGGGCCCUAAGGAAAGCUCUCCUCAAGUAUCUGAAUAUGAUUUAUCUGUGAAAAAUGCUGUGCAAAAUGGGAGUUAUUCCUCCUACCAGGGCUGUGCGUGGCUGGAUGGGAAGAGCCUGGCAGCUGCAUCUGAAAUUCCAUAUGGCAAACAAAUGGCAACGAGCCCCCAGUCCUCAUCAGGGGUCUCCACCAUGUCUGGGGGCUCUCCCACCCACCAGCCUUUCCCACAGCCCUCCUUCUACUCCCAGCUCCUCCCUCCCGGGAAAGAUGGGAAAUCACAGACAUCAAAUGGAGUUUGCAGUCAUUUGGGGGUUCCUCAUUUCAUGUCGGAGAGGCAGAAGCAGUUGGGAGCUGUCGGGAGGUCGCAGGAGGAUGCGGGGAUGAGCAAGGACGGGCGGCGCCGCCAAUUCCCCGCUGGUUUUUCACCUGGCUGGGGCGUGCAGCAGAGAGCUGCAGGUGAAAACCCUGCUGUGAAAUACCACAGGUUCCCAAAAAGGCAGAGCCAGGAAAGCGGCAAUAAAGAUGACAGAAGAGGUAGAAGGAAUUGGAUCCCUCACCUGGGGCGUGCAGCCCCGAACCACCAGCCCUUCGGUGUGUUUCCCAAAAAGCACGAGCAGAGUGCUGGCAGCUUGUCAGAUUUCAUCAACCCUUCUCUGCUUCCUUCUUUCCCAUUCGUGUCUGAUUUCAAGCAAAAUCCCAACUUCCCUCCCUUUAAUCACCAGCUGUUUUCAUCAGCAAACAAUUUGAAUUUCCCUCCACCACCGUUUCCAUUCUCGGACCUUGUUGAUCUUUUGCACUGUGAUGACCUCAAGCCCCUAAAUCCCUUCAUCAGUGAUCUGUUCCCUGGGGAGAUCCCUGGCCCCUGCUUUGCCUUCCCAGCCCCACUGAACAAGUGCAGGGCUCCCAGGAGCCGCAGUGGCCCUGCCAACGAGCUCCACAGCCGCCUGGAGGAGUGCCACGAGCAGUGGAGAGCUUUGGAGAAGGAGAGGAAGAAGGCUGAGGCUGACCUUGCAAGGCACUUCCCAGGGCAGCACAUCUCCAUGUCCAUGUCCAGUUGCAGCCCCGUGGCCAGGCUCCCAGCCAGCCCAUCCCGCGUGGAUCGCCUGAUCGUGGAGCAGUGCCGGCAGCGAGCCAGGGUGCUGGCACUGAUAGGAGGAAUGGAGAGGCUUUGUGGCGCUCCCGUGCACAGGAACAUCUCCAGGACCUUGGAGCUUCACCUGGAAGCCAUUCAGGUGACCCAGGCACGUCGGAAGGAGGAGAUUGGGAAUGCUGCAAAUCCCCAGAGUCACGGGGGGCCACGCUGUAACAACGAGAAAGGUGUGCUGGCCCUGGCAGCUGCCCUGGGAGCCCUGGCUGGUGCCACACGCAGGGCUCGCACUGCGCUCUGGUGCGCGCUGCAGGCGGCUCUGCCAAAAUCCCCUCCAGCUGCACCCCAAAAUCAGCAACUUCCCCUCCAAGGGCCCCUGCAGGAGCUUUGUUCUUCAAGCACAAGCAGCCAGGAGAAAAGCAGUGUGGAGCAGGAAAGCAGAGGAAGUGAAGAAGCUGAGGAAGCCACGAAGAUUUUGGAAUAAUAAAAGGAAAGCUGAGGAUGGGGAGGGAAGGGC